UUUCCACCCCCUUCCCUCCUGUUCUCUCUCCCUCUCUCGCUUUCUUUUUUUCCGCCCUAGCUGGGGCUGUGUUGGAGGAGAGGAAGAAAGAGAGGCAGAGGAUUGCAUUUGUCCAUUUCGUUCCUGAAGUUUGCGAGCAGCUAAGCGAUUGUACCUUUUUCAAUCCUGCAAAAACAAACAAAAAUAACAAGUCCCUUUCUCGGCAAUUUUUUUUUUUUUUUUUUUGCUUUAAAGCUGUUCUCUUGAAAUUCAUUUUUUCCCAGAAGAGAGAUGUCUUAUCAGGGGAAGAAAAAUAUUCCACGCAUCACGAGUGAUCGUCUUCUGAUCAAAGGAGGUAAAAUUGUGAAUGAUGACCAGUCGUUCUAUGCAGACAUAUACAUGGAAGAUGGGUUGAUCAAGCAAAUAGGAGAAAACCUGAUUGUGCCGGGAGGGGUGAAGACCAUCGAAGCCCAUUCCAGAAUGGUGAUCCCUGGAGGGAUUGAUGUGCACACUCGUUUCCAGAUGCCUGACCAGGGGAUGACGUCUGCUGAUGACUUCUUCCAGGGAACCAAGGCGGCCCUGGCUGGGGGAACCACCAUGAUCAUUGACCAUGUUGUUCCUGAGCCAGGGACAAGCCUGUUGGCCGCCUUUGACCAGUGGCGAGAGUGGGCUGACAGCAAGUCCUGCUGUGACUACUCUCUGCAUGUGGACAUCACCGAGUGGCACAAGGGCAUCCAGGAGGAGAUGGAGGCUUUGGUGAAGGACCACGGGGUGAACUCCUUCCUUGUGUACAUGGCUUUCAAAGAUCGCUUCCAGCUGACGGAUUCCCAGAUAUAUGAAGUACUGAGUGUGAUCCGGGAUAUUGGUGCCAUAGCCCAAGUCCACGCGGAAAAUGGCGACAUCAUUGCAGAGGAACAGCAGAGGAUCCUGGAUCUGGGCAUCACAGGCCCCGAAGGACACGUGUUAAGCCGGCCUGAGGAGGUCGAGGCCGAAGCUGUGAACCGUUCCAUCACCAUCGCCAACCAGACUAACUGCCCCCUGUACGUCACCAAGGUGAUGAGCAAGAGUGCAGCUGAAGUCAUCGCCCAGGCACGGAAGAAGGGAACUGUGGUGUAUGGCGAGCCCAUCACUGCCAGCUUGGGGACUGACGGCUCCCACUACUGGAGCAAGAACUGGGCCAAGGCUGCUGCCUUUGUCACCUCCCCACCCCUGAGUCCUGAUCCAACCACUCCAGACUUUCUCAACUCCUUGCUGUCCUGUGGAGACCUCCAGGUCACUGGCAGUGCCCAUUGUACCUUCAACACUGCCCAGAAAGCUGUGGGAAAGGACAACUUCACCCUGAUCCCUGAGGGCACCAAUGGCACAGAGGAGCGGAUGUCCGUCAUCUGGGAUAAGGCUGUGGUCACUGGGAAAAUGGAUGAGAACCAGUUUGUGGCUGUGACCAGCACCAACGCGGCCAAAGUCUUCAACCUUUACCCUCGUAAGGGCCGCAUCUCAGUGGGAUCUGACGCUGAUCUGGUCAUCUGGGACCCCGACAGUGUGAAGACCAUCUCUGCCAAGACACAUAACAGCGCUCUGGAGUACAACAUCUUCGAAGGCAUGGAAUGCCGUGGUUCCCCUCUGGUGGUCAUCAGCCAGGGCAAGAUCGUCCUGGAGGAUGGCACCCUGCAUGUCACUGAGGGCUCUGGGCGCUACAUCCCCCGGAAGCCCUUCCCCGAUUUUGUGUACAAGCGUAUCAAGGCAAGGAGCAGGCUGGCAGAGCUGAGAGGGGUCCCUCGUGGCCUGUAUGAUGGACCUGUGUGCGAGGUGUCUGUGACGCCCAAGACGGUCACUCCAGCCUCCUCGGCCAAGACGUCUCCGGCCAAGCAGCAGGCCCCGCCCGUCCGGAACCUGCACCAGUCUGGAUUCAGCUUGUCUGGCGCUCAGAUCGAUGACAACAUUCCCCGGCGUACCACCCAGCGCAUCGUGGCGCCCCCUGGUGGCCGUGCCAACAUCACCAGUCUGGGCUAGAGUCCUUGUGCCCACAGGCCACUGGGGGAUGGGGGAUGGGACAGCUGAGGACAUUCUGAGACUUCCUUCUUCCUUCUUAUUUUUUUUUUAAAUGUUUUUUUAAGAGCCUGUGAUAGUUGCUGUAGGCAGCCAGUUCCUGGGGCUCCCUCAGGGGCCCCCCACUCCGUCUGUCCCUUGGAGUUUCUGAAUUUGCUCACCCACUUCCCUACACAUCCAUGAACACCACACCCAAGCCUAGCCACCCACCCCACAUGGAGCUGCAUCCAACACGCAGACAUGCCACACAAGCUUAGUGCCCCAUGGCGCCCCCUGCUGGCCUUGCCAGUGCCUUCCUUGUCAUGGGGGAAGCCGUGAGUUGCCCAGA